CGCCGCCGCUAGUUCCAGCUCUCUCGCCGUCGGCCGCGCAGCUGCAGCUUCGAGCUUAGCAGCUCACCUUGCCUAUCCAACAUGGGUAAGACACGUGGUAUGGGAGCUGGGCGCAAGCUCAAGACCCACAGAAGGAACCAGCGGUGGGCCGACAAAGCCUACAAGAAGAGCCAUCUCGGGAACGAGUGGAAGAAACCCUUUGCCGGUUCAUCCCACGCAAAGGGGAUUGUCCUUGAAAAGAUCGGCAUUGAAGCUAAGCAGCCGAACUCUGCUAUCCGUAAGUGCGCUCGUGUCCAGCUGGUGAAGAAUGGAAAGAAGAUCGCCGCCUUUGUGCCGAACGACGGUUGCCUGAACUACAUCGAGGAGAAUGACGAGGUGCUGAUCGCUGGGUUCGGUCGGAAGGGACAUGCUGUGGGAGACAUUCCCGGUGUCAGGUUCAAGGUCGUGAAGGUGUCCGGCGUGUCUCUCCUCGCCCUCUUCAAGGAGAAGAAGGAGAAGCCCAGAUCUUAAAACAACUACCCCCUUCGUCAUUCCCUGCUUACUGUGGAUCGCUACAUCAGAACUCAUGUUGAGAUGAACUUGUCAGCUGCCU